GUCAGGUCGCGCUUCCACUCCAAUCCAAUGUCCUUUUCGCGAUAAAAAUAUCUAUCAGCCUCAAUCGGAAGAUCCCGCGCUCGCGAAAUCAACAUCAGGCAACAAAAUAAAUACGGGAGAGCGACAGAAUAAAAAGAGGAGGUGAUAAAUAUAGCAUCAGUGAUUGCGAUCAGGGGCGGAAAGCAGACAAACAAAAAGGAGGGAACCCAUAGCACACACAACACACACAACACACACAAGCAGCCAGUGUCACAGCCUGCCCAUGCCAGCCAUGAACCGCAUACCCACCACAAAACGAUCCUCCUCCACCCAGAGCCUUUCUUCAGCGACUGCACAUCCCCAUUGCAAGGUCGGCCGGGUGCCGACAAAGAACGUCCACAAUGCACAGCACCUCAUCAAGAACCUCGAGGCCAGACUGGGCAGGAAUCAGUUCCAAAUCAUGGUGCAACACAAUGCGUAUAGCAUCAAGCCGUACGAUUCCCAGGUCGACAUGGACAAAGUGCUUCAAGAAAUUGCAGGCUACUGAAGAUGAUGUGUUCCCCGGGAGGCUACCCCAGACGAGGUAAUAACGCGGUGUUGAUAGGCAUGGAUUUUUUUCUGUUUUUCUUGCCGUUCUGUUCUGUGGGAUUAAAUAAAGCAAAGGGUUUUGACGGAAAUAGUAAGCUGGUUCACUGUUGCGAGAUUCCCCUCACCGUCUUGGCCUACGGCACAGGAGCUGGAUUGCCAUGGAGAAUGCAUGCACUUCAAAACCCCCUGCCCACUGUCUUUUUUGUGGGUUAGGUUUCUUUCGACAGCACCACAAGUCAUCCCCUUCGUUUCUCAAAGUAGUCCUCCUUGGUAUUAUUCGAUUUCAUCAAUUUUCAGAAUGCCUCGG